AUGUCGAAACAUAGUUUGAACUUAGGUGGGAGUUGGGCAUCGUUGGGCCAAAAGCUCCGGUUGAAAGGUGAUGAGACUCUGCAUGAGCAGACAGGUGCUUGGAGUAAUCGCGACCUGAUUCCUCUACCUCCACGUCGGAGAACAUGGGGCUGGUUCAACUUCUUCGGCUUUUGGGCCAUAGCAAGCCUGAAUGUUGGGAACUGGCAGACCCCCAGCACGUAUCUAACUAUGGGUCUAUCUGUACCACAAUCAAUGCUUGUAAUCGUUGUGGGUCGACUGCUCGUCGCAGGAUUCGCAACCCUCAUCGCUUGGACUGGAUUGAAAUGGCACAUCGGCUUUACCGUACAGAACAGGUAUAGUUGGGGCAUGAGAGGAAGCUUUAUCCCGUUGUUACAGAGAAUCAUGCUCAACUUCGUUUGGAAUGCUGUGCAGUGUUGGAACGGCGGGCGGCUCUGUGCAGUCUGCAUGACCGCCAUUUGGCCUUCGUUUGCACAGAUACCUAACACAUUCGGCACGAGCAUGCCCACGACGACACCCGAGUUCGUCGGCUUUGUUGUUUUCUGGUUCUUAUCAACUCCGUUCCUUUGGCUGCGUCCAGAAAAGUUCAAGGUCCCUUUCCAAAUCGUGUGCACCUGGUGUGGAGUUGGGAUGCUAGCGUGGAUGAUUUGGGCACUGGCGGUCGCGAAAGGCGUUGGGCCGCUCUGGCACGCUGGACAAAACAUACCUGCUGGAUCACCGUUUGGCUCAUCAUGGCUGAUGAUGGCAGGAAUCAAUCAAUCGAUAGGCGGGUUGGCGGCUGGUAUCACAAACGGCUCAGACUUUUCAAGGUAUGCGCAAUCACGCAGACACUAUGUGUAUGGUACCGUUACCAGCUGUUUGAUAACUGGAAUUCUCGUGUCGUUUGCUGGUCUGGUAACUGCGUCUGCUGCGCAGAAAAUCUACGGCGAGGUAUACUGGAAUCCACCGGAUCUAUUGAUGGUAAUGAUGGACAGCGGGAAGGGUUCUUCGAAGGCCCGCGCUGGAGUGUUCUUUUUGUCUGCAGGAUUUGCUCUGACAGCGAUGUUUGAGAACAUAUGUGGUAAUGCUAUUGCUGGUGGUAUCGAUCUAGCAGGGCUCUUCCCCCGUUACAUCGACAUCCGUCGGGGCGCCAUCAUCACGUUCCUCGCAGCCUGGAUUGUUCAGCCAUGGCAGUUGAUCAAUCGCGCCACUACUUUCAUCGCAGUCUUAUCGUCAUUCUCGGUGUUCCUGGCACCGAUCAUAGGUAUUAUGGCAUGCGACUACUACGUUCUACGAAAACGAAGAAUUCGGCUGAGCCAUUUGUACCAUACGGAAGACUCGUGCUACUACUUCUGGAAGGGUUUCAACUGGCGGGCAAUACCAGCUUGGAUAAGCGGAUGGGCUCCCACGAUUGGGGGACUCAUCAUGACUGUUCGGGGCGACCUAAACCCUCCGAAAGUAGUGAUUCAGCUAUAUUACAUGGCGUUUUUGAUCGGCUUCUUCAUUAGCGCUCUUGUGUUCUACACCCUCAACCUCAUUUACCCGGUUCCCGACAUGGGUCAAAUGGAUUCAGUCGACCUGUACGGUACCUUCACUGAGACAGAAGCCCGAAGGAUUAGUAUCGAUGCGAUGCAUGAACACUCUAUUUCGCGGUCUCCAAUUAGCCAGAGGGCAGAAAAGAACGUCACGAUUGGGGUCGGUGAAAAGUGCGUAUAG